UGGCAAGAAAUGGGCGACCCGACGACGGCGCGGAGGACAAAGUCCUUCUUCCUCUGACUGUGUGAGAAGAAGAUAUCGUUAUCCAGUUCAUGUCAGGGACAAACCAGCAAUGGCCGCUUCAUCUCUUUCGUCACUGCUGCUUCCUUCACUCCCACUCGGUUGUAAGAGUAAAACGUUUAAUGCCCAUCUACAUCAAGGAAAUUCUGGAAUCAGGUUUCAGCGCUCAACCUCAGAGACCGGAGUUUCGAGACAGACCGAAAACCGGAGGACCUCUAGGUUGGUUAAUCGUCGGGAUGCCAUUGGUCUGAUUUGUAGCGUUUCUGGCCUCUUAAUGGGCACGCUGGGUACGAACGGGGCGGGUUUGCCACCGGAGCAGAAGCCGAGGCUGUGCGAUGAUACCUGCGAGAAAGAGCUUGAAAAUGUAUGCUCUUCUAGUUAUGUCCUUCGCCUGUGGUAUAUGUGCCUCGAGAGCUCAUCAUUAUUCUCGCAUUCUCCUGUACCUAUGGUGACCACAGAGUCAGGCUUGCAGUAUAAAGAUAUCAAAGUCGGCAAGGGCCCGAGCCCACCAAUUGGGUUCCAGGUUGCUGCUAAUUAUGUCGCAAUGAUUCCAAAUGGACAAAUAUUUGACAGCUCUCUAGAGAAAGGUCAACCGUAUAUAUUCCGCGUCGGCUCUGGCCAGGUUGUCAAAGGGCUUGACGAAGGGAUCUUGACUAUGAAGACCGGAGGAAAGCGCCGACUCUACAUCCCAGGAUCAUUGGCGUUUCCAAAAGGUCUAACUUCAGCUCCGGGAAGGCCGAGAGUGGCUCCAAACAGCCCUGUUGUCUUCGACGUUAGCUUGGAAUACAUUCCUGGUCUCGAGCUUGAUGAAGAAUGAGGGGUCUUAUCACAUCAACAAACAUACAAGAUCAGGAAAUCGUAACUAAUUUCUUCCCACCUUGUGAUGGCGUGACUUUCGUCAAUUCGUUGAUUCCAUUUUUUUGGAUAAAAGAAACAUUCUCAGUGGUGAUGGGGCUUAAUCACGAUAUGAUACUACCUAUAGCUCAAAACAGAGAUCAUCUCCUUCUCUCUUUCGACUAGGCUCUGUCUGGAAACUUCCCCUGAUCUCUCCCUUUCUUUUCCUUCCAUUUCCCCAAUCCUAACAGGGUCACACCAUUUGCAAA